UUAAUUGUCGUGAACUUCGCGAGUGAUUAAUAAAGUGUAUUCCGUGUUAAUUGCGGUUCACGCAAGCCUUGCGGCACAUAUCGAUACGAGCGGCUUCGAGAAGCAUCGAAUUUUCAUCGAUACAGUAUCCAUAAAGUUCAUCGAUCCGAUUCGAGAAGCAUCGAAAGUUCAUCGAUCUAGUAAAGUGCGCGAAAAAGCUUCAUCGGGACGAUUGACUGUCAACUGCAAGAAAGUGAUCGGUGUCGAUGUCAGAAGUAUGACAGAAGUAAACAAACGUUCGAACUAAAAAAUUCAGUGGUCUAUAGUGAAGAGGAAAAUGGAGCAACGCCUGCCACAACCAUUGGAUUGUACGAAUCUGGCCAAAGAAUGGCCUAGAUGGAAGCAGCAAUUCUAUAUAUACAUGAUAGCCAGCAACAAGAAUGCCGAGGUGGAGAAAAACAAAAUUGCCACGUUUUUGUGGCUCAUUGGAGAACGCGGAGUGGAAAUAUACAACACACUUUUCCCGAAUGACGGUGGUAUUGAUAGCAUGUUCGGUGUUGCCGCUGCUGCUGGAGCUGUACCUGUUGCUGGAGCUGCACCUGCUGCUGGAGCUGUACCUGUACGCACGUUGGACGAUGUAGUAACGGCAUUCGAUAAUUAUUGUCUCCCGCGGAAGAACGUUGCCAUGGAGGCAUUCAAGUUCAACAUGAUUGUCCAAAAAGAGAAGCAGUCUUUUGCGGAUUUUGAAACAGCUCUUCGAACCCAGCUGGCUUAUUGUGAAUACGAAUGUUCAGCGUGCAAUGCUUCAUAUGCCGAUCGGAUGCUACGAGAUCGCAUCAUAAUUGGUGUUCAGGAUAAAAAACUCCAAUUAAAGCUACUGGAUGGAAAAGACGAGCCACUGCGAAGUGUGGUAGAAACAUGCAAGAUUUUUGAAGCAGCCUCGGAAAAUAAACAAAUACUGGAUAACAAAGCUCACCAUGAGAUGCACGUCGUCAUCGAACAACCAGCGAAUGGAAUGAAGGAGGAGAUAGCAGUUGUAAGGAGUGCGGCUUGUUUUAACUGCGGACAACACUUCAACGCCAAACAUCGUCUCCAUUGCCCAGCGAAGAAUGUGAACUGUGACGCUUGUGGACGACGUGGUCACUUCAGGAGGUUUUGCAAGGCACCGAAGAUGGAAGAUGGAAUGAACCGGAAUGUUCCAAAUGGAAAUUUUUCAAUCUUCGCGGACAGCUGAUUGUCAGAAAAACGUUAGGUUUGCGGACAAAUGUCGAUGCCAGCUGAAUUUGUGAAGCCUGUUCCCG